CGCGAGCAGCCAACAGACGUGGUAUCGAGCUUGAACCUUGCGGAUAUCCCCCUCGAGUCGGAAAAAAAAUCGAAAGUGUUUACAGUCUACGACUCGAACGCGGCACGGCAAUUGCUCGAACCGGAAGUUCUGAUUAGUUAUUUGGUGUACUGCCUUUGAUCUAGACGGAAGCGUACGAAAGUGUUCACUUAAGGGUGUGUUUGUGUAUGCGUGCUGGUAGUACCCUUCACAGUGACCAACAUUAUAGGUUUACCGAGUGCGUGUUGUUCCUUAAUUGGAUUAGUUUUCUAGCUCGGUGUGAAACUUAAGCUGGGUGGGUGCGUGCGUGCUGUGUGUAGUGUGGAUACGUGAUAAAUCCCCAAACCCGACGUGACUCGUAAAUUGUUUGGUGGUAGCUUAUUGUCCAAAUUAAGACGAACGCAGGAGAAUUGAGUGGUACUUCAAUUGGUGUGUCCAGGUUACUACAGCGGUACAAACAUGUGGAAGUCAAUUGUUUGUGUACUUAUUCUUACAACACUGGUAGCAGCGCAAAGUGGACCUCCCCCUUACGUGUUGCAGUGCAAACGUUCGGAUCCACAACUGAUCGCAUGUCUGAAAAACUCCUUACAUCAUUUGAAGCCGUACUUGGCGAAGGGAAUUCCGGAAAUCAAGUUACCCUCUACCGAACCGUUUAUUAUGGACCAGCUAUCACUACAGCUGACUGGUGGACCUCAAGGAUACAGGAUCAACUUGAAGGAUAUGGAAGUGUUUGGAGCCAGUAAUUUCACCGUCAAAAAUAUCAAAUUGGCUGAAAACGGUAAACCUUUCGAAGCUCGACUGACCAUUCCUAAGCUGGUAAUUCAUGCCACGUACACCUCCAGCGGAGUUUUAAUUAUUAUUCCUGCGAGCGGGUCGGGUGAUUUCGACGCUGUUUUCGAUGGGGUCAGUGCUGACGUUCGAGGACAAGUGUCAUUCCACGAGAAGCCAACCGGAACGCACAUGCGUAUAGAGGGACUCGAUCUGAACCUGGCCAUCAAGAAACCACGGCUGGCAGUGUCGAAGAUCUUCAACAACAACAAGAUUCUGACUGAGGCGACCAAUCUGUUCCUACGGGAAAACGGCCACGAGGUUCUUCGGGCUCUUCAGCCGCAGCUGCAGAAGAAGCUAUCCGCUGAGUUCGUGGGAAUUUCCAACCAGCUACUGGAGAAUGUUCCACUCAAUUACUUCAUCGUUGAUUAGAUUUCCCCCUUGAGAACAAGUUAUCAGCACAAUUUCGUUUGUAAAUAAUUCCUGACCACACAUUUGUUAUUAAAAUAUCUUGCCACUCUGUCAUUGUGUUAGCCGAUUGUGGAAAAUCCAACGAUAGGAAGCUUUAGUUGUAUUGAUCAACGAGUAUAAACAUACAAAAUAGGAUUAGUGGGGCGAUUUAGAUAUAUUAGGAGGGGAAGGCGUUGGUAGUGUGAUGACGAUUAGUUGAAUUUCAUCGUGUGAUAACUAUGAUUUAACUACACCAUUGACCAGCGGCAAGAUAUCAUUUUUAUAUUUGUAAAUGUACAAAACGUUGAUCGUAGGAUACAGUAGCAAUAAAGACUGUUUAUAUCAA